CUAAUCCAAAGGUAAAUGAGGAACUUAGAAAAGAUUGCCAACUCCAAAUCAACAUAUUUAGAGAGAAUUGGAAAAGGAGAAGCUUACUACAGCUUUAUUUGAGGACUUUUUAAAGAACCCUAGGUUCUAGCUGUGAGCUUCAGUUCUUGGAGCAAAAACCAGAGACAUUGCCAGAACAAACAAGAGCAGAAGUACAAAUGGAAGACUGGUCAAAAGAUAUACCUCAUAGUUAUCUUGAAGAAGAAACUAAAGGGAAAAAUAAAAAUUCACAGCCAGAUGAACAACUGACCAUGAGUUCUGUGGAAAGCAUGCAUCAAAAAUCCAGCGAAUUAAUUAAUGAAGCCACAUAUGAGGACACAGAGCUACCAGGGCAGAGAUCAAGGAAUUUUCAAGUCAUCACUCCUUAUCCAGAUGAUGAGACAGCUUAUUGUACUACUGAGAAAUCCAACAUUGUAGAACAUGGAAACAAUGAUUUGCAUUGUGAACUUAUGAAUCCUUAUCAAGUUACUUCAGACUUAAGUAAAGAGAGCACGGUAGCAUCUCUUCUAAAAGAAUUGGACAUUCUUAGAGCAAGCAAUGAAAAGCUUCAAGAAAAACUGACUAAAGAAGAUAAGGAACAGAGAAAACUAAAGCUUAAGCUGCAACUCCAAGAGAAAGCAACAGAAGCUAAAAUUGCUGAAAAGACUGCAGCUCUAGUUGAAGAAAUCUAUUGUGCACAGAGGGAACGUGAUGAAGCUAUUAUGUCUAGACUGCAAUUAGCCAAUGAAGAGAGAGAUGAAGCAAUUGCGCGAGUCAAGCAUAUGGAAAUGUCUUUAAAAGUGCUAGAAAAUAUUAACCCUGAAGAAAAUGACAUGACAUUACAGGAAUUACUGAACAGAAUAAACAAUGCAGACACAGGGAUAGCUAUUCAGAAGAAUGGAGCUGUAAUUGUGGAUAAAAUCUACAAGACGAACGAAUGUAAAAAGAGAAUAACUGCAGAAGAAAUGAAUGCAGUGAUAGAAGAACGGGAAGCUGCGUUAUCUCAGUGCAAACGGCUGGAGCAGGAGCUUCAUCAUCUGAAAGAGCAGAACCAGACUUCAGCAAACAACAUGAGACAUCUGACUGCUGAAAACAAUCAAGAACGUGCUCUGAAGGCAAAGUUAUUAUCAAUGCAACAGGCCAGAGAAACUGCAGUUCAACAAUACAAAAAACUGGAAGAAGAAAUCCAGACACUUCGAGUUUACUACAGUUUACACAAAUCUUUAUCCCAAGAAGAAAAUCUAAAGGAUCAGUUUAACCAUACCCUUAGUACCUAUGAAGAAGCUUUAAAAACCAGAGAGAACAUUGUUUCCGUCACUCAGCAACAAAACGAGGAACUGGCUACCCAGCUGCAGCGCGCUCUGACAGAACGAGCCGACAUGGAAGCACAGCUUCGGCACGCCGUGGAGGCCUCCAGAGUGGCUAGUGAGAAGGUUCAGAGGUUGGAAAGGCUGGUGGACGUCUUGAGGAAGAAAGUUGGAACAGGGACCAUUAGGACUGUGAUCUGACUGAAAAAACGACAGUCUGGGGAAGCAAUCACAUCUGGUGACCAGGCUGCUUCAUUCAACACUGUGUAAACACUAAAGCCUUAACUUAGCAAACAGUUGUUAGAAGUGGGACACUCCAACCACAUUCCAAGCUGAGAUAAAAUCAAAUCACAAAUGUUUAACCACUUUGCUGCUGACUUAUUUAUCCAAAUGUAUUAACUACAGACUUUUACCAAUGGGUAUCUAUAAGGUUGCAGGUUAUUUUGUAGCUAUUUUGUAUCUCAGUAUAUUUUCAUAUAAAUCUUUUCAUUGAGAUUUAGAGAAACAUGGCAAAGUUGAUCAUGGUCGUAUCUUCACGUAUGGCCUUUUUGUAAUCAGAAUGCACCAAAGUAAGUCUUGUCUAAACCUUAAUGCACUGUGCUGGUAAAAAUUUGAAAUAUAUGCAUAUUUUAAUAUAGAGUAUAUUUCUUAACCAAUGAAAGAGAUUUAGAUAUAAGAACAUAUAACUUUCCUUCAACACAUGCAUAUGAUCUUUGUUGGUAUUAAAGAAUAUUAAGUAUAGAUGCUAAAAAUUAAAUGUAUAAUUUGCUUUAAUAAGAGUUUGGUACAUUAAAAUACGUUUAUCAGGCAUCAUUUCUGUUUAAAGCAACGCAAACUGUUUUCAAUAAAAAGAAGAGAUUGUUAAU